AGAAUGAAGCAUGGGUUAGAGUGCUCUAAACCCUCCCGGAUCACUCUCCUUGUCCACUCAAGAGAAUCCGCAGCAGGUGUUUCACUUCCUCACUCUAGAACACCCCAAAUCUCUCUCUCUCUCUCUCUGCAAAUGUCGGACUACCUCCCUCCCGAAGCCUUAACCAACAUCCUCGCCCGCCUCCCGGCCAAAUCCCUCAUUCGAUUCACGUGCGUUUGCAAGUCAUGGCUCUCUCUCAUCUGUCAUUUCGCCUCCGCCCACACCACCGCCAAACCCCCCUUCCUCUUCCUCCACUUCUCCCUCCCCCGAAACAACCCUGUGCUCUUCUGCCUCCGUUCCGAUGCCCACGCUGUCUACGCUCACGGAAUGUUGAUUUUUCUGAAACCGGGUCAAGUUAUCUCUGUGGAGCUUCUGAGGAAGGAGAGAGAAAGAAGACUUAUGUUACGUAGAAGUCGGAUAUGUCUACUAGGGGUGGAGGAAAUGAAGAAACUUGAGGAGGAGGAUUACGAGCGGGAGCGAUGUCUACUAGAUCGAUUGCUUGAGAAGAAGCAGACAUUUGAUAAUACUCCUCCAUUCUCAAGCCCUAAAUUACCAACAAUGGAUCAGAUUCUGACCGAAAUCGAAGAAAUACCAGCAACCUUCAAGUUAAACUUUUUGUUCUACUGGGUGGGAAGCACCAGAGUGUUGAUUUUUCCAAAACCGGGUCAAGAGCAUACACAGGAGCAUCUGGAGGAGGAGAUAGAAAGAAGACUUAUCUUACAUAAAUAUAGGAUAGCUCUGCUAGGGGAGGAGGAAGCAAAGAAACUUCAGAAGGAGGAUUAUGAUCGAGAUGAGUGUCUACUAGAUCAAAUUGAUGAGGAGGAGAGUGCUGAGCGAGAAGAAAAGGAACGAAAACAUCGACCGCGCCCUGAUUUCGUCGAACUUACAUCCACACAGCUUUGGGAUUACAAAAAGAGGCUCUGUGAGAGUGGGGUGCGUACGUGGAUGUAUACAUACGGGUUUGAUGUUGGGGAUAUUCCCGGAUAUGUUUUCGUCCCUGUUAGACCAUUUGUGCUGGACUGCCGCGAGUCAUUGGAGAGGAUAGAAGGAUAUGCAAAGUUUGCCCUUGAUGAUUACAACAAACGUAAUAAUACAACGUACCAAAUUGUGAAGGCUCUCAAGGCAAAUGUGGAUGUUCGGACCUACUAUAUUACCUUUCAGGUCAAGGAUAUGGCUGGUUCUGGUUCUCCCACUCUCAACUUCCAGGCCAAAGUGGAAACAUUUCAGGGUCAGGAAACCGUCUUGUUUAUCGCGCCUGAACCGUAAUCCUAUAUACUCCAAGGUACACUUUUUUCUCUAUUGAAUGAGCUUAUACAGCUGUACGAGUUUGUACUCUUAUGGUAUUGCUGGUCUUGUGCGCCAUGUUACCUUGUCCUUUUUUUUUGACACCUGUGAGUUGUUCUGGUUUUGAAUGCAUACGAUUGCCUCUUAUUUUUCUCCUUUCCCAUAUGUAUUUUUGAUACAUGCUUCACUGAGUCAGCUGCCAAGGUGCACCUUUUGCCAAACAAAAAAUCAGUUGAAGAUUUUUGAUAUCUUGAACAUGAGAAAUAAAUUUGUUUCAUUUCACAGAAAUGUUUGUGCUGACAUUGGAUUCAACUCAUACAUCUUACACUUUUUGAAUAAUGUAUCUGGAAACUUUUUGUAAACCC